AUGGGCAGUGAACAACAGUGGGAUAAAGAAAAUGCAUGGCCACCAAUGGUACAUAUGGUUAUUGAGGGCUUUCGUACCACAGGUGAUCCUGUGCUAAUGAAAGCAGCUGAAACUAUGGCAACGCAGUGGUUAACUGUAACUUAUAAAUCAUUUAUUCGUACUCAUUCAAUGUUCGAAAAGUAUAAUGUCUCUGCAAAGUCUGAAGAAUGUAGUGCUGGUUCUGGUGGAGAAUAUGAAGUGCAGACCGGGUUUGGCUGGACGAACGGUGUAAUAUUAGAUUUAUUAGAUAAAUAUGGGCAGAAAAUGACUUCAGCUGCAUCAUAUCCAACUCAGUGGCUGCUUUAUACCGUGUUUUUGUGUCUGGUCAGAAUACUGUGA